GAAGCCACAGCGAGUGCACAAGCAUUUCAAAAAUCUAUCCAAACGUAUAUACACAGCAAUUAAUAAAUAGAGAAAAAUGGAAGUGUUUACCUUCGAAAAAUCGUAUUUAGAGCGCCUGAAGGAGGCGGAGGCGGUGCUCUCCUGGGAGGGAGCCGUAAUGCCCGCCUCGCAGGUUCGAUCCGAGUGGAAAUCGUACGUAGAACUGAAGAUAGAGCCUGCAGGCUGGCAGGCGAUUUGGAAAAUACCGCGCGUUAUUUGCGAGGAUCUUAAACUCCGCUACCCCACCAUUGUGUACGGCUACGUGGAGCAGGUGAUCUUCGAUGAGCUGAAGGCGGUCUUCGUGGUCACCGCCGUGCAGGACAACGAUGUCCACCUGCCGGAGAGCAACGAGGUCGCCCUGGUGGAGCUGUGGCCCACGGUGCAGCAGGAGAACUCGGCCCUGAAUGUGGACACCACGGCGGAGUGCAUUGAUCGGUUGAGGUUCUUCUACACGCAUGUGUGGAUGCCCUGGGACAAGGACUACGACGACGAUCGCGACUGGGUGCAGCAGCAUCUGGAGGCUCGCAUCCAGUUGGUCUGCGACCUCAGCAAGAAUCGGCUACCCCGUCCACUGGCGCUGCACAUGCGCACCCUGCUCACUGAAGCCAAUUACAUUCAGCAGCGCUUGGACUUCCUGGAACUCGAUCUCAGCGAUGCCGAGAGCGACGACGAGGCCGUGGAACUCAAUGACAAUGGUGCGGAGCCGGCCAGGAAGCAACCGAAAACGGGCAAUGCCAAUGCCAGCCUUAAUGUAUCCAGCCUGCCGGUAACGGAUCUGAUGUGCCUGCACCUUCGCAUGGCCAUCAUAAGGAGCGAGUUCGAGAUUUUGGAAAACCCUGAGAUGAGGCGGGCCUACAGUGAGUUGCAGUCGAGUAGCUUAAGGAGGAUUCGCAGCUCAUCAGGGAGAGCCAAACAAAUGGAGGACCUCUUGGUGGAACGGAAACCCAUUAGCCAUGUGGUUACGGUUCCCGGAAAACUGCAGCAGCAGCUGGAUCUGCUGAAGCUGGCCCAGACGCAGGUCAAGCCGGAGGCGCAGGUGCAGUUGUCCAACACGCUGCAAGAUGUUUUAGGCAUCUGCCAGAGCAACGAUCAUAUUCUACUUUCUCCCGGUGAGCACACCAUCAAGUUUUUGGAACACCUCAACGACAGCGGCAGCAUGAGUGGUCUGGUCCAACCGGAAGCUAUAAUAAAUCAGGCUACAGAUCUUUCCCAGCUGCCUGUGGUGUGUUCCAGUGAUGAGGAUAGCACUCUGCUGGUCAUCGAUGGUGACUACACACUGUCGCAACUUGUAUUGGAUUGCCGCCACGUCCGCCGGGGCAUUCUGCUGCGCAACGGCACCUUGACUAUGCGAGGCUGUCGCCUGUUGGGCGAUGGCAGCUCCAGCACACAGGAGGGAAUCGUCUGCAUGCCUGGCGCCAGUGUAGAACUGAAAAGUUGCAUAGUUGAGAACUUUGCUGUGGGCAUUUCGAUGCGACAGAGAUCUAGCGCCGAGUUAGGAAACGUGCAAUUCAAAAACUGCAAGACCGGAUUGGAGUUGCUGGAGAAAACCGCUUCGGUAAAUCUGCAGGGAAGCAAGUGCAGCUUCGACAGCUGUACUCUCGGAAUCAUGGCGGAUGGCCUUGCCAUGGGAGUGGAAAAAAGGGAGAAGACCGUGAUUUUAAACAAAUUCACCGAACUGCAGCGGUUCAACGAGGACAACUUGCUGGGUAACUGCGCCUUCAACAACUGCGCGAGAAAUAUCCGCGUUUUCAAUGAGUCCGACCAUCUGCUGGCCCAGCUUUCGCAUCAACGACUCCUGCAAGAGGAACUCGGCGGUGAAAACAAAGAGAACAUUCAAAUGGCCUAGGGGUAUUAUGUGUACUUAACAGUUAAAUUACUUAGCCCUUUAAUAAGCAACUACUUGAUUAAUAAAUUUAAAGUUACAAGAACCUGUAA